ACCGGAAGUGGGUGCGCAGGAAAAGGUUCCGUCUCGGUUAGGAAUCAAUCGGCGGCGUUGUCCUGGUAGCGGAAGCUCUGCGCUCGGGGGAAGGCGCGGCGGUGUCGAGCAAAUAUUAUAGAGGAGCCCUCUAGGAUCUUUGGUGUCGAGUGAGGUAGUGGAAAAAUGGCGUGCAAACGGAUUACUCAAGAGACCUUUGAUAAUGUUGUGCGAGAGAACAUAAUCGAGUUUGAGAUGGAGCCAGAGGAGGCUUUGAAAGAAGCAAUAGAACAGUUUGAAUCACAAGGUGUCAAUCUUUUCAAUGUGGUGAAAACUGUGCAGAAUUUCACAGCCGAAGGCAGCGACCCGAAGCACCAAGUCCUACAGGCUCUCGAUGCACUUCAGAAAGCCCUGGAUAUCUUGGCUCUUGACGAAAUGGGGGAUCACUUGAGUAAAUUCACCGAACAAUGCAGUCUUGAUUUUGCUCACCGCCACCUGGCGGCUGAAAAGUCCGCCUACGCCACGGUCCUGUCCUGCUGCAGAGCAAUGAUGGCCGAUGGGCUUGGCCUGGUGAAGGGAGUCCAAGCCCUGGCGGCACUGCUAGACGGCCAACCGGACCUCCUUGACUCGGAGGGCAAGCACCUGCUCAUCGAGAUCCUGAAGCAGCACCGAGAACACGUGGAGCUGAACGCCACCACCAUCCGCGCCAUUCGCUACAGCUGCCUGAAGCAUGAGCAGAACCGGCAAGACCUGGUGCAGUUCGGGGCACUGCCACUACUGACGGCUGCCAUUGUGAAUCACGGCACCAGCCCCAAAGUGGUCAGAGAGGCGGCUUUCGCCCUGAGGGUCAUGACCUACGAUGACGACAUCCGGGUGCCCUUUGGCCGCUCCCACGAUCACGCAAAGUUGAUCGUGGUGGAGAACAAUGGACUUCGGAUCAUCAUCGAAGCUGCAAAAGUUUUUGCAGAAAAUCCCAGCGUCCUCAGUGAGCUGUGCUCCACGGUGUCACGACUUGCAGUCAGGAACGAGUUCUGCCAGGACAUUGUGGAUCUGGGAGGUCUGAAUUUCAUGGUGACUCUACUGGCCGAUUCCAUCGAUCAUCGGGAGCUGGUGAAGCAGGUGUUGGGUGCAUUCCGAGCUAUUGCAGGGAAUGACGAGGUUAAAGAUGUGAUUGUCAACGCUGGUGGAACAGACCUGAUUGUGUUAGCAAUGAACCGUCACAUGGGAAGCCCACAGAUCUGUGAGAUGGGUUGUGCGGCCUUGGGAAUGUUCGCAUUGCGGAAGCCGGAAAACUGUCGGGUGAUCAUGGAAGACGGAGGUGCUAUGAUGGCACUGCAGGCAAUGAAGUCCCAUCCGGCGGAGCUGAACGUACAGAAGCAGGCCUGCAUGCUGCUCCGUAACCUGGUAGCACGGAACCCUGACUUCACGCCGCAGAUCCUUGAGAUGGGAGCAGAGGUACUGAUACAACAGGCAAGGGCCACGCACGAGGAAUGUGGAGACCUGGCCAAAGCUGCCUUGAGAGACCUCGGCUGCAAAGUGGUGUUUCAGGAGCCCUGGACAGGGCUUAAAGGUGCGAUCGCCCGUUAACGUGCUCCAGAGAACACAUUUGAACAAGCCAAGACACUAUCUUGAGCUCAGAUGAACAUUGCUUGUUUUCCAACGUUUAACUUUUUGCUAACCAUGUGGAGAUCUCUGAGGUGAUUGCUUUGUGGCAGUGAGUUAACAUUAACCAGAUACCACCUCCUCCCUGGACUCCCAAGUAAAAGGUGCUAGAAAGAUACUUGGACACAGAACAAAGACUUUCCACCAAAAUGAGCAUGUUUGGAAGUUCACUCGGCUUCACAGGGAAUACAUUAAUGGAAAUGAUUUUGUUUCACGGUGGUUUCAGCGGCAGAAUGCAAAGUGUUUCAAGGAGAAGUGUUUCAGGAUAUUGUCCUCUACCUGUGGAUAUUAAAGCCUUUAAUACCA